AUGGCAACCUCAGACCCGUUCCUCGAUUCCUUGUGGGAUAUGAUUGAAAAGAUGACUCAUUAUUUCAACGCAAUCCACAUACCUAUUCUAGGAGAGUGGUCCUUCCGAUCGAUUUUCCAAAUCGGUUUGAUAUGGUAUCUUGUGAUCAGGCUAUCAACCCGAAGUACUCAGCUUGAGGAGUACAGGAAACGACUUCAAGAUGCCGAAGCACAGAUUCAACGAGAUGAAGCAUCCCGGAAAGAAGUUGCAGAAAUAGCUUCGGAUCUUAAGGAGAUGUUGGAGGGAAAGUCAGGGCUACUUGAGAAUAAUCAUGAGCUGGCUUCAAUUGUGGAAAAAGUAGAUGGGAUUUCAUUGGCCACGGCUUCCACACAACAGACAGAUAUUUCAAAUUCGAUAUCUUCUCCGUCUGGUCCAAAAAUGACUAUUAGUCAACUCUACAUCUACCCCAUAAAAUCUCUCCGAGGAUGUUCUCUCCCCUCGGCCACCCUAACCAAAGAAGGAUUUUCCUACGAUCGCAAAUUCAUGCUCCUCCGCAUCCGCGAUCCCAAUUCCAAAUGGGGUCGCUAUCAAAAUAUGCAUAUAUCCGAGUUUCCAGAAAUGGCUCUAUUCCACACCUCCAUCACAGACUCCACUCUUCACGUAACCUAUCACGCCCCCUCUUCCUCACCCCAAACCCCAGUCUUGCCCCACCCAACCCUAACCAUCGACCUCUCCCCCUCCACGCUCUCCCGCCUCCCAGAAAUCUCAGUCACGAUGCACAAAAGCCCCAUGACAGCUUACGACAUGGGAUCCACCUAUAAUAAUUGGUUUUCUCAAUACUUCAAGUACCCCGUACUUCUCGCUUACGCUGGCCCCAACCGACGUCUCGUUCUCGGCAAUAUCCCCGGAAAACCCGCAACUUACACUCCUCCCACUCGCCCCCUCCUCCAAAAAAUCCCUCUCCUCAAUUCCCUUCUUCCCACUCCCAAACCCCCCUCCAUCAUCUUCAACGACUGCGCACCCUACCUCAUCAUCACACAAUCCUCUUGUGAUGACGUAACCAGCCGUCUCCCCUCUUCAUCCCCCAAAAUGGACAUUACAAAAUUCCGCGCCAACAUUAUUAUCUCCGGUUCCCCCCGCCCAUACGAUGAAGAUUACUGGGGCGGUUUAACUUUCUCCUCCAGUUCCGACCCCAAUUCCAGUUCCCCUAAAGAAAUUCUCCUAACUGCCAACUGCGGCCGCUGCGUCUCCCUAAAUGUCGACCAUGAAACCGGCACCCCCGCUCCCAAAGAAAAAGAGGUCCUCAAACUCCUCAUGAAAGAUCGACGCGUAGAUGACGGCAUGAAAUAUAGUCCUAUAUUUGGGCGUUACGGAUUUCUUGGAAAUGGAGAUGUGAAUGAAGGAAAGGUGUUGCGAGUUGGUGAUGCAGUGCAAGUUUCGAGGAGAAAUGGAGAGAGGACAAGAUUUUACUGGCCCGGCCUUUCCACCUAA